CUCAGCCUCAUCCAACAUCUGCCCGCCACACCUUCUGCCUAAUCUCGUUCAUCUUUUCUCACUUUCGCUUUCCUUUCCCCGGAGCCUCUUCUGUUUCUCACUUACUCUCUCGCUGCCUCUACGGGGUGGGAAACCCUGCUCGCACCUACCUACGCGCCUGCCGUCACCACGAGUAUCUGACGGCGUGACUCGUGGCGCUACAUCAGUCUCCGGUCUUGGAGAGUGUCGGUAGCUUUCCAAGGAAUUCUCUCUUCCUCGGACAAUUACGCCCCUUGACACCAUGCCUCCCGCCAUGCCGCAGACCCCACACAAGGAUGACCUCGAAGAAACUUGGUCGUUCUUGGAGGCGGGGAUCAACAGCGUGAUGCUGAAGCUGGAGGAAGGCGUCGACAUGAAGACUUACAUGGCUCUCUACACGGCCGUACACAACUUUUGUACUUCGCAGAAAGCCGUGGCCAACAACCAAGGUCUCCAAGCCCAUCGUGGAGCACACCUUUUGGGCGAGGAACUUUACAAGCUACUUGGAGAGUACCUCUCUCGUCACCUGGAAGUCGUCUUAAAUGAGUCCAAAGGACAUGCGGAAGAAGCUCUUUUGGGGUUCUACAUCCGCGAGUGGACGCGCUUCACGACCGCCGCCAAAUACGUCAACCACUUGUUCAGCUACCUUAAUCGUCACUGGGUUAAGCGCGAGAUUGACGAGGGAAAGAAGAAUGUGUACGACGUGUAUACUCUGCACCUCGUCAAGUGGAAGGAUGAUUUCUUUGAGAAUGUUCAUGAGAAGGUGAUGGACGCCGUGUUGAACUUGAUUGAGAAGCAGCGCAACGGAGAAACCAUCGAGCAAUCGCAGAUCAAGAGUAUUGUCGACUCGUUUGUCUCGCUGGGUCUAGACGAGAACGAUAGCAAGAAGUCGACUCUGGAGGUCUACCGCCAAUACUUCCAGCGACCUUUCAUCGAUGCCACCAGGACAUACUACGAGAACGAAUCACGGCAAUUUGUUGCGGAGAACAGUGUUGUGGAAUACAUGAAGAAGGCGGAGGCUCGGUUGGAGGAGGAGAAGGCCCGUGUUGGCCUGUAUCUUCACCAGGAUGUUGCCAAGACUCUUACGGAGACGUGUUUGGACGUUCUGGUGACUGCGCACUCUACCUUACUUCGUGAUGAGUUCCAGAUCUUGCUGGACAAUGAGCGCCAGGAAGACCUGGCUCGGAUGUACCGACUACUCUCGCGUAUCAAGGAGGGCCUGGACCCCUUGCGCUCUACCUUUGAGAACCAUGUGAGACGGGCCGGUUUGGCGGCAGUGGAGAAGGUCGCCUCGGAGGGCGACAGCUUCGAGCCCAAGCUGUAUGUGGAUGCUCUGCUUCAGGUACAUACCCGGUACCAGAACCUGGUCGAUGACGCCUUCAACGGCGAGUCCGAGUUUGUCCGCUCCCUUGAUAAUGCCUGCCGUGAGUUUGUCAACCGUAAUCGCAUCUGCAAAGCCACCACGACCAAGUCUCCGGAGCUUUUGGCGCGGUAUACCGACUCUCUUCUCAAGAAGGGAUCCAAGGCUGCCGAGGAGUCUGAGCUUGAGGAGAUGUUGGUCCAGAUUAUGACAGUCUUCAAGUACAUCGAGGAUAAGGAUGUCUUCCAAAAGUUCUACUCCAAGAUGUUGGCGAAGCGUCUGGUUCACGUUAGCUCCGUGUCCGAUGAUGCCGAGACCAGCAUGAUCAGCAAGCUGAAGGAAGCAUGUGGUUUCGAAUACACCAACAAAUUGCAGCGCAUGUUCCAGGACAUCCAGAUUUCCAAGGAUCUCAACGCUAGCUACAAGGAUUGGCAAGACAAGGUUCUUGAUGACGAUGAUCGUAAGCGCAUGGUCGAUGCCCACUACCAGAUUCUGGGUACCGGCUUCUGGCCUCUCCAGCCCCCUACCUCCGACUUUACCGCCCCCAUUGAAAUCAACAGAACUGCCGAGCGCUUCCAGAAGUUCUACUUUGACAAGCACAACGGCCGCAAGCUCACCUGGCUGUGGCAGCUGUGCAAGGGCGAGGUCAAGGCCAACUACAUCAAGAACGCCAAGGUGCCCUACACCUUCCAGGUCUCUACCUAUCAGAUGGGCAUUCUGCUUUUGUUCAACGAGACGGAUACUCUGUCAUACUCUGACAUUCAAAAGGCCACCACUCUGGUCCCUGAAAUUCUCGACCCCAACCUUAGCAUUCUUCUGAAGGCCAAGGUGCUGAUUGCCAGCCCCGAGGGAGCCAAGCCCGAGCCCUCUACCACCUUUUCCCUGAACUACAACUUCAAAAACAAGAAGAUCAAAGUCAACCUUAACAUUCAGAUCAAGUCGGAGCAGAAGGUGGAAUCCGAUGACACACACAAGACCAUCGAGGAAGAUCGGAAGCUGCUACUUCAGUCCGCCAUUGUGCGUAUCAUGAAGUCUCGCAAGAAGAUGAAGCACGUGCAGCUGGUGAACGAAGUCAUCCAGCAGGUCAAGUCCCGCUUCCCACCCAAGGUUCCAGAUAUUAAGAAGAACAUUGAAGCAUUGAUGGAGAAAGAUUAUAUCGAGCGUCUAGACGGAGAUGAGAUUUCUUACAUUGCUUAAUGUCUUCUCGCACGUUUCUCAACCCUCCCCCUAUCGCCAUCCCCACCAUCUUUGCAACUCAUCGCAUCUACACUACCUCCUCGCUUCAUUGAUUCUAUCUUUUUUCCUUUUUCUCGUUAGCCCCUUUUACACAGUUCCCUAACACCUUCUUCUCUCUUCACGUAUGCGUAACAGCAAUCGGCGUGAAGAAUCUGAAUCAAAAGGGACUGGUCAAAAGGGCAUUGGCUUGGGUUGGGAUGACAAGGAGCUACGGAGCAAGAACCACUACAUUGUCUGUUUAUUUUAUGGUCCAUCUUUCAUCAUAGCGUUGAGACGACAGAUCAAUGAUAACCCGGAAUUUUCGUUUAUUGCCGACUACUGCUUCGGCUGGUCUGUUUCUUUUGUGUAGUGGACAUCCUGAUCAAUGAGGCAAGUAGUGCCGUGCGGGCUAAUAAUCUACAUCGAUAUCGGCCUCUAAUCCCCGCAGAGCUCAAUAGUAAUGCAACGCGAUUUGUUCUAUCAUCUAGUUACAAGUUUAAGACUCGAGCGCCGUAAAAGAGGGAACCGAUACCAUAUAUUCACAGGCUGGAGACAGUAUUGAGGAAGAAGGAACGGUAAAGAUUGACAAGUAUGAAUAAGACAGGGUUGAAUGGAACGAAGGAUAUAUUUCAAAAUGGAUAGGGGGGUAUGAUGUAUGGGAAUGCAAUGAUACAGAGCUGGGUGCCAUGAAAAGAGGGGGAAAAAAAGAGGAUUAUUACCGGACGCGAGAAAAAACAAUGCUCUAUGUAUAUACUAUGAUCACUGAGUGCUGACAGACUCCUUGACGGAGUCCUUGGGUAGGUCGGAAGCAUGCUCUUCCUGCUUGACAGGAAGCACCGCUGCGGAAUCAUCUGCAGAUACGGUAGCAGACUCGCUUUUCCCGGGGCUCAUGUCCCCACGAAGGCCCUCAUGGGGUGUCAGAGAGACGGAAGUAAACCCAUCGUCAUCUGCACGCGGCUGGGGAAGAGGCUUAUCCUGUUGCGCGCUCAGCUCGGCUUUCUUCUUCUCCGCUUCGGCGCCGUGUGCCGGGAAUCCCUGGGAUAAGGGGGACUUUGGGAAUGGCAUAUCGGCGGCAUCGGAUUCCUCGCGCUUGAACUCGCCGCUUUCACGACGGAGAAUGAUGUUACUCCAUCGCUUUCGACGGCUCAAACUACGUGAUAGACCUUCCGCGUCUUCGCUGUGUCGCUGCAUUGAGCGACGACGGCCGCGGUCCGAGUCGAAGACGGUUUCGCUGACGGUAGACAAGACUGGUGUGGAUGGUGAUGCGGUCAUGCCGGGGUUGGGUUUCGGACUGGGCGAGGGACUGCGCUUUUCUUGCCAUUCGCGCCGCUUGUCGCUUGCCCAUGAGCCCCAUGAGCUGAAGUAGGCUCCGGCUUUUUGGCUGGCGGCAGUGACGGAGGCUUGUGCUUGGGUUACGUCGAUGGAUGGUCGUUGGCGGGCUCCAAACCAAGAUCCAGCAGCUUCGGAUGUAGAUUCCGUUGAUGCUGGUUGUGGGGAAGUGGGUCCUUCUUUGUCGAUUGAGGUACGUGUUGAUUGUGAAGCUUUCUCUUCGUUGCGUUUUCUUUGGGCUUCGCGCAUGGACUCGAUAUCGGACCAGAAGCUGUUGAAAGCGGCGCUUACUUUUUUUUGACCCGUUGACAAGUGGCGGUUGAGUGCUUCUCUGCCCUCACGGACUCGUUCGUCGAGAUGGAGCUCGGCGACUUGUUGGGACAAUCGGCGUUGGACGUCUUCCAUAGUCAAGCCACCGGCACUAGGGUGUCGUGGCUCGGUGAUGGAGAAAAGGAGUGCAUCCGAGGUCAACUUUGAGAAAAGCGCGUAAUUAGAAGUUUUCUGCCAUUGAGCAAGGAAAUCCGCGUUAAAAUCAAGGGCGGGAUCGCCCUCGAUAUUAAAGGUUUGGAGUUGCGCUCUGCUCCGGUGGGGAGAGUCGCCAGAGGAAAAUGAGUUGAGUUCUUCGUGGUAUUUCAUGCAUGAUAGGAGUGCGAGCAGGUACUCUUCGAAUUGAAGUCGAAUGAACUCUUCCGAGCCCAUGAAACCAAGAGUCUUGGGUCGUGAUGGGUGAGAUUCAUCCCAUGUGUCGUUGACGAUCUGAGUGAGAAGAUCGAUCCAGCGCCUGUCGGCUACGGAGAGGAUGAGUGCAUUGCGGAGCGGCAAGGAUGAGAUGCUGAU